CUUUACAUCCCAAAAACAAACCUUUGUAGCAACAUAGACAUCACAUCAACACACAUAUGUAUGAAACUUCACGAGUGUAUCACCGUCCCUCAUCUCAUGAACACACACAUACUCCUUCUCUUGUUCAAUUCUCAAGCAACUCACACAUUUCUGCAAAUGGAUCGACCUGCGAUUGUUGUUGGGCCGGGAAUGGAUAUGCCGAUUAUGCAUGAUAGUGAUCGCUAUGAACUUGUUCGCGAUAUCGGUUCGGGGAAUUUCGGGGUUGCGAGGCUUAUGAGAGAUAAACAAACUGAGGAACUUGUUGCUGUUAAGUACAUUGAGAGAGGUGAAAAGAUUGAUGAAAAUGUACAAAGAGAAAUUAUAAAUCAUAGAUCAUUGAGGCAUCCGAAUAUUGUCAGGUUUAAGGAGGUUAUAUUGACUCCAACACAUUUAGCUAUUGUAAUGGAAUAUGCUUCUGGAGGAGAGUUAUUCGAGCGAAUAUGCAAUGCGGGGCGAUUUAGUGAAGACGAGGCGCGAUUCUUCUUCCAACAACUUAUAUCCGGUGUUAGCUAUUGUCAUUCAAUGGAAGUAUGUCAUCGCGACUUGAAGUUGGAAAACACGUUGUUAGACGGUAGUCCAGCGCCACGUUUGAAGAUUUGUGAUUUCGGAUAUUCAAAGUCCUCAGUACUACAUUCACAACCAAAAUCCACAGUUGGCACACCUGCAUAUAUAGCUCCUGAAGUUUUGCUUAAGAAGGAAUAUGAUGGAAAGAUUGCAGAUGUUUGGUCUUGUGGGGUGACAUUAUAUGUCAUGUUGGUGGGUGCAUAUCCUUUUGAAGAUCCAGAGGAACCUAAAAAUUUCCGCAAAACAAUACAUAGGAUUUUAAAUGUUCAGUAUUCAAUUCCUGACUAUGUUCAUAUAUCUCCUGAAUGUCAGCAUCUGAUUUCAAGGAUUUUUGUUGCGGAUCCUGCAAAGAGAAUAAGUAUGCCUGAGAUUCGGAACCAUGAGUGGUUUAUGAAGAACCUUCCGACCGAUCUCAUGGAUGAGAAUGGAACAAACGAUCAGUUUGAGGAGCCGGAUCAACCAACGCAAAGCGUCGAAGAAAUCAUGCAGAUAAUCGCGGAGGCGACAGUUCCUGCUGCAGGAACACAGAGCCACAACCAGUAUCUUACUGGUAGUUUGGAUAUUGAUGAUGACAUGGAAGAGGAUUUAGACACUGAUCCUGACCUUGAUAUUGAUAGCAGUGGAGAAAUAGUUUAUGCUAUGUAAAAGUCUUUGGAAGGAAUGUGAUUGAAUUUUCCAUGAUCCAUCAUGUUUGUAUUUAUGUUUGUGUUGCUUUGCUUUGUAUUCAUGGAUGCUUUUAUUUUAAUAUUAUUGCCAAUACAUUAAAUGAAAAAGAACUGUAAGCAAAGCAA